CGAACGGGCGGCCGUCGCAUAUGAUGACCACACUGCCGCAAUUGCCGGUGCAAAACCGAUAGACGCCGGCGCCACCCUGUGCUGGUUUCCCACCCAUACAUGCAACCACUCCAGAAGCUUCUAGAAGCCGCCGCCGCUGCCACUACCCCUCUCGCCGCCGCGCACCUCCACGCCCACCUCCUCCGCUCGGGCCGCCUCCACUCGUCGCACCAUCUCACUGCGCGCGUCCUCGCGUCGUACCCUCCCUGUCUCGCCCGCGACCUGUUCGACGAAAUCCCCGACCCGACCCCGCGCCUCGCCAAUGCGCUCCUCCGCGCCCACGUCCGCGCGCGGCAGUGGCGCGCCGCGCUUCUCCUCGCCCCGCGCCUCCGCACGCGCCCGGACUGCUUCACCCUGCCCCUCCUGCUCAGGGCCUGCGCCAUGCUCCCGUCCCUCGCCCACGGCCGCGCCGUGCACGCGGCCGCCGUCCGGUCCCGCGCCGCGUCCGACGACGCGUUCGUCGCCGCCGCGAUCGUGCAGAUGUACGCCAGGUGCGGGGACAUGGUUGGGUUCGUCAACGCGUACGACACGUUCGAGAAGCCGGACAUCGUGCUCCGCACGUCCGUGGUGACCGGGUACGAGCAGAACGGGCUGGCUGAGGAGGCGCUGGAGUUCUUUGCUAAGAAUGUGAUUAGUCAGGGCGUCGUACCGAGUCCUGUCACGCUUGUGAGUGUGAUGUCGGCGGCAGCACAGUUGGGGGAUGUCCGUAAUGGGAAAGCCUGCCAUGCGGUUGUUGUCAGGAAAGGCUUGGAGUAUAAGCUAGCGUUAAUGAAUGCUGUUCUUGGGUUUUAUGUUAAGGUUAGUGCUGUCCAGGAAGCAAGGAGGUUGUUUGAGGGAAUGACGGAUAUGGAUGUCGUCACUUGGAGCUGCAUGAUCAAAGGAUAUGUGCAAUCCGGGGACGCGCAUGACGCGUUGAGGGUGUACAGGGAGAUGGUUAAGGCAGGUGUCCAGCCCAAUUCCGUGAGUUUGGUGAGUGUUCUGCAGGCUUGUACACUUGCUGUUGAUAUUGAGGAAGGUAAGAGAAUCCACCGCAUUGCUGUCAACAUAGGUUGUGAGCUUGAGGUGGGUGUUGCGACUGCGCUGGUUGAUAUGUACAUGAAGAGCUCAUGUCAUGAGGAGGCGAUGCGCCUCUUUCAUCGGAUGCCAAAGAAAGAUGUGGUGGCUUGGGCUGUAGUCAUUAGUGGGCUCACACAAAAUGGUCUCCCUGAUGAGUCCCUGCGAGUGUUCAAAUGCAUGUUGUUAGAUGGCCAUGCUCCAGACGCUGUCACGAUGGUGAAGGUACUUGCUGCAUGCUCAGAGUCUGGUGUUAUUUGCCAAGCUAUUUGUCUCCAUGGUUAUUUGGUUAGAAGUGGUUUCUAUAAUAAGGUAUUUGUAGCAGCUGCACUUGUGGAUUUGUAUUCAAAAUGUGGAAACUUAGAUAGUGCUAUCAGGAUAUUUGAAAGUGCCACUGAAAAGGAUGUUGUGCUGUGGAGCUCAAUGAUUGCUGGCUAUGGGGUCCAUGGCCUUGGUAAGAAAGCUCUUACCUUGUACCAAAGGAUGAUUGCCUCAUCUGUUAAACCAAAUAGUGUGCUAUUUGUAUCACUGUUGUCAGCAUGUAGCCACUCUGGCCUGGUUCAGGAAGGAAAACAAAUUUAUGGUAGCAUGACUCAAGUUUACGGAGUCAUGCCAAAUCCAGAGCAUCAAAGUGCCUUGGUUGAUAUCCUUGGCCGGGCAGGUAAACUGCAAGAGGCCACAGAGGUCAUUCAUGAAAUGGAGGGGAGAGCUGUUGCUCAUACUUGGUGUGCCUUGCUUGCUGCCUGCAGAGCACACAACAACACAGAGAUGAGUGAAUUAGUAGCUAACAAUCUGCUCAGGCUUGAUCCUGACCAUGUUGGCUACUACAAUCUCUUGACCAAUAUAUAUGCAUUUGAUCACAAGUGGGACAGUGUAAAGCAGACUAGAGACAUGGUCAGAGGCAGAGGUCUGAAUAAAGUUCCAGGUUACAGUGCAGUUGAGGUCAAUAAUGUAGUGCACAAAUUCUUUGCUGGGGAGAAGACACACCGAGAUUGGGAGAAGAUCUGUACAUUGCUCUGGGAACUGUCACGAAAGUUGAGAGGCGAGGAUUGUUCCUUUCAUGUAGACACUGAUUUAGCACUUGAAGAUUUUGCUCUUCUAUGAAUUGAAAAUGAUCUUUGAACACGCCUCAACUGAUGGCGAAUUUCCAUAUUGCUCUUAUCUGAAGUGAAAUUAUUCUUGGUUGCACCUCAACUUACAGGUGGAGAAAACAGCGUUUGCAAGGUCAGAAUUCAUCAUAUGGUGAAAGAUACCUAAUUUGCACUGAUUUUAAGAUUGUAUCAAAGUUCGAGAGGAGUAUAGUCAUAUACUCCCUCCGAUUGCAAAUAUAUAUCGUUUUAGACUUGAGCACAAGGAUUAAGAAAGUAGAUCGAAUGACCUUGUUACCUUUUAUUUAUUCUGUAUUUGAAAAAAUAACUCAUUUAUUUGUGAGAGUACUAGCAUUAAUUAAACAAGAGCAAGAAAGGAACAAAAGAGAAAAAAGUGCAUAAAAAUUCGAGAAUGACUUAUAUUUAGAGAAUAGUUGAGGAGGCUAAAAUGACCUAUAUUUGCAAUCAGAGGGAGUAUGAUUUAGAGAUAGAGCAUGGCAAAGUUUUGUUACUAAAGAAGGUCACGGGUAGCCAAAAUUCUUAAACUACCUGCAAAGCCUGUACUCUCUGUAGGCAGAUAAUAUACUGGAGAAAGUAUCUGCUCUCGUCUGAUCAUCAACAUUAGAUGAACUCUGGGGCCCUCACUGAUGAUUCUUUGUAAACAAAUUAGUUUUUCAUGCAUAGACUCCCAGCAGGGAAAUAUGCCCAUGUGUGGUAGUAUUGCAAGCUAGUACUUGUCUCUGAUCCCUGCUAUACAUUAUCCACAGGAUGCGAUGAACAGGCACUCCGGCUUAAAACAGAAAGAACAAAGCAGGCACUGGAUCCAUGUGCUAUUGGUUUAGACAAAUAUUGCACUGGAACGAAGUAGUCAACAGGACUUUGGUCUGGAACAUUGCAUUGUGCACUUUUCGCAGAUGGGGCACCAAAAUGAAUCCCUGGGUACCAGAAAAUCUUCCUUCAGCACAAUCUUAUUAAUGAACUCUCUCUGGGUAGCUCCCAGAGCAUGGCCCCUAGUUACCUGCUUCCCUCCUGGCCUCCUGCUCCGCUCGGCUGUUCGGAACUUCGGAUGUCUCAAGGGAGCUGCUCCACUCGUUUUUCAAGUUGCUAUGAUCGGGCUUCAGGUGCUUGACCACAUGCAAUCUUUUUUUUAGAAACCUAGUACAACCCGUAGAUAGGCAUACACACCCACACCACCACAUACAAUCCUACAUAAUGACAUGUCUUAAUCGUGCAAAUCUUGUACGCAAUCAUGCAUUUUCUUCAACCUCGUAUAGUUUGCACGCAAUUUGUGGUAAACUUGAGGCACUACUGUAAGUACCAUUAUGUCCCAAUUAAGUCGCGCCACUGAGCUUUUUCC